AUGUAUUAUGGAAGUGAAGAUGAUUCGGUGAACGAUGUGAUAAAGGAAGUUGUCGAUAUGCUCUGUACUGUGAUAAGUAACGGUUCUUUGGGGAUUGAUAACGUGAUAACAACGAGUAACGAUAAGGAUGUAAAGGUUAGGAACAGAUUUUGCUAG